AUGACAUCGCAUCCUGAGUGGAAUCAACAAACGACGGGCACCGAAGUCGCCAAGGCUUUUGCAGACACGAUCAAGGGAAAGAAUGUCGUAAUCACCGGGGUGUCGCCAGAGGGCAUCGGGUCGGCCACAGCGCUCGCGGUCGCUUCCCAGGCGCCCAGACACCUCAUCCUCGCCUCGCGGACAGCCUCAAAGCUUGACGAGGUCAUAUCGGACAUCAACCAAAAGUACCCUGGCGUCAAGACCCUGCCGGUCCGUCUUGACCUGGGAUCCGUUGACUCCAUCCGUGAAGCGGCCAACAAGAUCGAGUCGCUCCUGGUGGGCGAGGGAAUCAAUGUGUUGAUCAACAACGCCGGCGUCACAGACAAGAUCCGCGCCCCGAUUACCGCGCCCGACGGGACGCGGCUGGACAAGCAGUUCUUUGUCAACCACCUCGGCACCUUCCUGCUCACCCACCUCCUGACGCCUCUGCUGCAGAAAGCGGCGGCGGAAGCCCCCAGCGGCGCAACCCGCGUCGUCAACCUCAGCAGCCACGGCCACCGCAUCUCGCCCAUCCGGUUCUCGGACUACGCUCUGGACAAAUACGCGUCCGGCGAGGACAUACCUGAGGCGGAACGAACCCACCCCGAAACGCCUGCUUUCUUUCUGCAGGGGAUGGGCGACGAAGGUUUCCCGGGCUUCGUGGCGUACGGACAGAGCAAGACUGCCAACAUCCUGCACGCGACCGAGCUGAGCCGGAGACUCAAAGGCAGCGGCAUUGUGGCCUUUUCCGUCCACCCAGGCCUCAUCGAGACGGCCUUGGAGCGCAACCUCGACAAGGAGCCUAGCGACAUGUUGAAAGAAAUGGCGGCGGACGAGUGGAAGACCCUUGACGGGGGCGCUGCGACGACGCUUGUGGCUGCAUUCGAUCCGGAGUUAGGGCAGGUCGACGUCGGCGGUGAGGUGAUCGGGUACCUCUCAGACUGUCAGCUGAGUGACCAGUUGGUGCACGACCAUGCCAAGGACCCGGCUAUCGCGAGGAGACUAUGGGAGGAGAGUGAAAGAAUGCUACAAAUUAGCAAGUGA